GAAGUUAACUUGGCAUCAUCCGUCCUGGUGAAUACUUGUGCUGCAGUCUGUCCAGAUCACCUGGCAGGUCUCCUGGGAUGGCUGGAAACAUUUGACCGGUCAGAAAUGGAGUUCAUGUGCCUGGACCCCGAGAGCUGUUCCUCUCUACGCAGGAGAAGCCACGCUACCCCUUGGCAUUGUAGUGGGAGAUUUAUUCUGAAAACCAUCUUGCUCGGUUCAGCCAGCUGAGAGGACAAACUAGUCCCCUGUUUUGACAGGCAGAGAUAAAAGAGGUCAGAGGGUUGAGUGGAAACUGGAGGGACUGGCCUGCAGCCAAACUGGAGCUUACGGAGGGGACUGAGUUCAGGCUUGUUGCUGCUGAACUUCUGUGUGUUCUUUUCUGGGAGGGCGAUGAGGUCAAGGUGGUGGAACCAAGACCUUUAACGUACCUCUUGGGAGCCAGGUAUGUGAUUUUGCCAGUGAACUCAGAUGAAAUCAACUGUUCCUGCGGGACUCUGGCAUUGCCCCAGCGUCUCCGAGACUUCUGGUUCACCUUAGUCUUUUCUUGCCUUCAUCAACCAAAGCAGUGUGCUAUGUGCACAUGUGGCCACUUCCUUGCUACCUGCUAGCACAGUCAUUACAUAUUGUAUCUCAAAGCCCUACUACAAGACUCCCUUUUUUCUUUUCCACCUCCUGGCUUGUUUCUUAUUCAUGCAGGAGUUUUCUCCCUGGCAGAGGGGACUCGAGGGCUGCUUACUGCUUUUGCAGACUGCUUGUCAUGAAGCAUUUUCUAAUGGCAAAGCUUUGGGAGCAGCAACGUGUCUAAACUCAGGUUAUACAGGAAUAUCACCCCUAAGUCUUGCUGUGCAUCUCGAUAUUGAAAUGUGGUUACCCAGAAGAUGACUUUUCCCCUUUGCAUAGAUAGCCUCAUCCCAACACUUUCUUUGCAGAAGCGAGGUCCUUGCUCCAAUUUAAUUUCAUCCCUUCCUUUUGCUAGUGGCACCUCAUGCAUAUUCCAUAGAUGAAGCACGUUGUCAAAGGAAAAUGAAGAUGUGACUUCAUUGCUGGAAAUCUUCACAAAAACCCCCAAGCUAAGAAUGAAAACAUAUGACUGAAUGAAAACAGGUUAUGGUCAAAUGAACGCAUUGACUUUUGCCCUUGGAGUCCUGUGCCUUCUACAAGUUACCCAAUGUAAUAUUUGCAGCCAGGAAAAACUGAACUUAAAGAAAAAGCAAAGCAAAAAGGUCCCAGAAACAUUGGGCCGAGCAGAUCUUUUAGCACUUCAGAUGCUGGAGCUCACUAUAGCCUUUUCCUAAUUUCACUGCUUUCUUCUACUCCAUGAUUAAAGGUUUCACAGAGUGUGUAAUAUCGACUAGUCUAAUGCCUUCCACAAUAUUGACUGGUUAACGAUUCUUCAGAGGGAGGAAAAGCUUCCACAACACAUCUCAGACAAGCACUGGUGCAGGUGGCCAGUCCAUUGCUGAUACUUACGGGUGAUCAGCUAACCAAGAAGUUUUGACUUUCUUUAGUGUAGUAAAAGAGAACAAAUAGCAUUGAUUAUCAGGCGAGGAAAAGUUGUCCUGGAGCGUCUUCCUCUUGUUCUGCAUUUGCAAUGCAGCUUCAAGAAAGCGUACAGGUUCUUCAAAUAACUGAAGUGCUAUACUUUCCUUACAGGAAUAGGUUCCCCAGCAUGAACUUUGAAGCAGAGAUUCUGACAGCUCCACACGAUAAUUCAGAGCUAUAUGUGAUCCCUUCCAUGAGAAGUCUCACGGCCGAGGAGUAUGUAGAAGCCUUUAAGUCAUUUUUGGAUCAUUCAACAGAGCACCAGUGCAUGGACGAGUUCAACAAGGAAGAAAUGCCCAACAUCAUGGCUGGUCUCGGCAAUGGAAAAUCAACUAUAAAUGUUCUGGGAGUUGGAAGUGGCACAGGCGAGCAGGAUUUGAAAAUGAUCAGGAUACUGCAGGCUGCACACCCAGGGGUCUUUAUUGACAACGAAAUCAUAGAGCCCAACCCACAGCACGUGGCAGCUUACAAAGAGCUGGUGAAUCAAGCUCCAGACCUGCAGAAUGUCUCUUUUAUUUGGCACCAGCUCACUUCCUUGGAAUAUGAACAACAGGUGAAAGAGAAAGGUGCACAUAAGAAAUUCGACUUCAUCCAUAUGAUCCAGAUGCUGUACCGUGUGGAGGAUAUUCCCAAUACUAUCAAGUUUUUCCACAGCUGCCUCGACCAUCAUGGUAAACUCUUGAUCAUAAUUUUAUCAGACAGUAGCGGAUGGGCCAGCUUAUGGAAAAAGUACAGACACUGCUUGCCUUCCACCGACAGCGGCCACUACAUCACCUCCAACGGCAUCACAGAUGUUUUGAAGAGACUGGGUGUUGAAUACCGCGUUUAUGAGUUCCCAUCGGGCUGGGAUAUCACCGAGUGCUUUAUCGAGGGGGACCCGGUUGGAGCCCGCAUGAUGGAUUUCAUGACGGGGACAAAAAACUUCCUGGGCACGGCCCCCCCGGGGCUGCGGCAGCGGCUGCAGGAGGCUCUCUGCCAGCCCGAGUGCAGCAGCAAAGAGGAUGGGAGGAUCAUCUUCAGAAACACCUUGAGUAUGAUUGUGGUUGAAUCCUAGAGUCCGGACCAACUGCAGAAGACAAGUUAGGGUGGGUAUAGGGGCGAUGCGGUUGCAGAAGGGCAUAGCAUAGAAAGAAGGCAACUCGCAGGCAAGAAGGCAAGAAAGUGGGGCUCAUCCGCAGCCUCCCGUUCCCAGCCAGGGUCAGCGGACACUGCAACACUGGGGGUGAGCUCUUUGUCCCACUGACGUCAAUGGAGCCUGACUAUUUAGUCCAGCCCUAGGAGAAUGUUUUCCAGAAAGGAAAGAGCUCCAUCUCACUAAAAGCCUACAUGGACUUUUUUUUUUAAUGGUAUGCAUCCUGUCUGUGCUUUUGACGCUGGAAUUUCCACUUUUCUAUGUAGCCAGCAUGUUUACAUACCUAAAGAUGUGUCUAUAUGACCAGGUGCUCCCGGCUGCAGCCCCUGUGCUGGCUGCGUACAGACCCACUGCUUCCAGCUGCCCCAGGGAAAAAACAGCAAGGUGUCCCUGCUGCUUUGCACCCAAGUAGUGCGCCUCACUGCACCCAGACCUGAGCUGUAAGUUGCUCUGCACUAGGCUAUUUCACAUGGUUUUAUCAGCAUAGGUAUUCACUGCCCCAAGCAUCUCAGCAUCUCGCAAUAUAGACAUGUCUUAAAAAUUUAUCAACCUUUUUGUUUGGAGGAUUUUUUGGAUCCCAGGAUGAUACUUGCCCUGUGCUCUUUCAGGCAGAUACUAAUUUUGUUACUUUCUUACUACUGUUUUUCUCUAUAUAAAAUAAA